AUGGAUCUCUGCAUCACCGCCCAAGAGCCCUUCGAGCCGCCCAAGUCUAAGCCCUUCACACCCGUUGUCCGCGCGUCGCCAACUCCAACUCCCAGAGCAUCGCCGCAUCACCUUCACCCUCUCGCGGCCACCCACUCGUCCCCUUCGCCACUCACGCCGCUGCCCAACUCCGGCACCAGCUCGCAUCUCGAGUUCGAUCUCGUCAUCUACGAUGCCGCAAACGACAGUUCUCUAACCCACCCCUGGGAUCUGCCUCAGACGCCCCUGCGCAUCCCCCUCGAUACGACAAAGGCUCAACUUCUCACCAUCUUGCGCACUCGCAUCCCCAUGCCGCCCUCGCCCCUACACGGCACGAACACCGGCUCAUCCCUCGAAAGCGAGAAGACGUCCUCCCGCCGUCGCACUGCGUUGUCUCUCCGCCGCCCCAAGCUCAUCUCAGUCACGCUAUAUUGGACGUUCCGCGGCACCAUCUUACCGCUGGGUCCUGACGAUGACGACUGGCACUACCGCAACCCCAUCACCAAGACGGAUCUCUUAGGCCGCUCCGAGCUCGAGUGGUUUCUGCUGCGAGAGAUGAUGGCUGCUUCCGACGGGGCCCUCAAGUGCUACCUCGCCAUCCGCGGGGAAACCGUUGCGCCCAAGAAUACGGGCUUUUCGUGGCUGUUUGGCGGGAGCGGAUGA